UCCCCUCUCUCUUCGCAUUCUUCUCUCAGUAGUGUAAACUCACUCUCUUUCCACUCCAAACCCUAAUUGGAUCAAACCGAAAAGUCACGAACGCACUCGAGAGAGAAAUGAAAGGUGGAACGGUUCAGAUAAGCUGGCACGAGGGAAAACCCGUCUUGUCCAUCGAUUUCCACCCUCCCUCCGCCACUCUCGCCACCGCUGGCGCCGAUUUCGACAUCAAGUUCUGGACGAUUAAACCAGCUGGAGCACAGAAGAAGCAGAUACCUUCAGUUUCCUAUGUCAACAACCUUUCUUACCAUAGCUCCGCUGUCAAUGUCAUUCGCUUCUCUCCUUCCGGGGAACUGCUAGCUUCUGGUGCUGACGCUGGUGAGAUGUUAAUAUGGAAGUUACAUUCUACAGAUACUGGUCCGACAUGGAAGGUUCUUAAGACGUUACGAUCUCAUAUGAAGGACAUUAUGGACCUCGAGUGGUCUCCGGAUGGCGCAUAUCUCAUAUCUGGAUCAGUUGAUAAUUGUUGCAUCAUAUGGGAUGUUAACAAAGGAACUAACCUUCAGACAUUGGAUUCCCAUGCACACUAUGUUCAGGGGGUUGCUUGGGACCCUCUAGGGAAGUAUGUUACUUCUCUUAGUUCUGACCGGACUUGCCGAAUUUACAUUAAUAAGCCUCAUAAAUCAAAGGGCAUUGAGAAAGCCAAUUAUGUUUGCCAGCAUCUUAUUUCCAAGGCAGAACAGCCAUUGUUGAAGAAUUCUAAGUUGACAAAAUAUCAUCUCUUCCACGAUGAGACAUUACCAUCUUUCUUCAGAAGAUUAGCCUGGUCUCCUGAUGGUUCAUUUCUACUUGUGCCUGCAGGCUCUUACAAAAUUAAUACUGCCUCUGAAGCUGUCAAUGCAGCUUACAUAUUUUCUAGAAAAGAUCUUUCUCGGCCUGCCAUACAACUUCCUUGUGCAAACAAACCUGUUGUAGCUGUCCGGUUCUGUCCCAUAUUUUUCAAACUUCGGGGAACAGACUCAGAUGGGUUAUUUAAGCUUCCAUAUCGCAUUGUAUUUGCCGUGGCCACUUUGAAUUCAUUGUAUAUUUUUGACACUGAGAACACUUCUCCAAUAGCUAUAUUAGCUGGUCUUCAUUAUGCUACAAUAACAGAUAUUACCUGGUCACCGGAUGCUCGUUAUUUGGCAUUGUCCUCGCAAGAUGGUUUCUGCUCUUUGGUGGAAUUUGAAAAUGAUGAGCUUGGAUCACCUUUCUCUUUAUCAGAAGGAAAGGUCUCCUACAAGGAUAGUACAAGCACCUUGCAGACAGCCAACAAUGCUGUCAUUAUACCAUCAGGGAAAGUUGUUACAGUUGAAGCAGAAAGCAGGAAAAUGGAAGCAGAAGAGAAAACUGAUGACAUGGUCAUUGAAGAAUCUGCAGAUAUCGGUACAGUCAUAGCAGAAAGCAGUAAAACUGUAACACAAAAUAAGGUGGAUGACAUGAUCAUCGAGUCAACUGGGAAUGUUAGCACGGUUAUAGCAGAUAGUAGGAAAAAUGAAGCAGAAGCAAAAGCUGAUGACAUGGUCAUUGAGGCAGCUAAGAAUUUUGAAAGAGUUGCUGCAGAUAGUAGGAAAGAUGAUGCCAAAGAGAAGGCUGAUGACAUGGUCAUUGAGACAAGUGGGAGUACUGGAACUGCUGUAUUAGACAGUGUAAAAACUGAAGCACAAGAAAAGGCAGAGAAGAAUGUAUGUAGUUCAGGUAGUGUAAAUUUUGGAGAAGACAAGGAAGAGAAACAGUCAGAUAAUCCAGGUGGUAAACAAUCUGAAGCAGUGGAGAAAGCAGAGAAACUGCAAUCGAGUUCAGGGAAACAAUUGUCCAAUUCAAAGAGUACACCUGUAUCAAAUAAGCCAGCCAAGAAGCGUAUUACUCCUAUUGCAAUCGAUCCAUGACUUUCAAAUCCUGAUAAAUUCUUUCCAUACUGGCCUGUGUACAUCUUUUUUUCUCUGCGGCCUGUAUUUUCAACUCACCUCCCCUUCCUUUUUUCUUGUUUGCUUUAACAUAAUUUUGUAAUGUAGAUUCCAAUUAGUGAGAACAAUCAUCAUCAUGGAGAGUUCUCCAUGGACUUGUUAUUCUACUACGUAUGAUAUCAAAUAUUUGAAGGUAAAGUAA